AUGUCUGAGGCCAGUGGUUUUGACUAUCCUCCUCCACCAAUCGUGCAUACAGAGUUCUAUUCCGAUGUCUUUGGAGCUAGACUUCGCGGACAUAAGGGCAACGAAGUUGUAACCCCCACACCCAUCGCAACACUGAUGUUCGAAAACGGCCGUAGAGUGCCUAUCUACGAACCACUAUCUGGCCACGAACAUCUUUUCAGCAUACAAUCCGUUUCCAAGGAUAAUAAAAAGACCUCCAUUCUUAGGCGGAAGAAGCCUGCGACCGACCGAAAAGGCAUUUUGAAGAGAACUCGUUCUGUUGCUCAGGGUUUGACCCUAAGCUGUAAGGCUGAUGUUGACGGCAAUCUCAAUGCUACCGAUCAUACUAUCCAAGACGUGCCUGGAGAGUCGCACACCUUCUACAUCGGAGACAUCGAUGCAUUCAAAGACUUCCUCACCCGCCGCUUCGAUGAGCUGACCAUGAGACCACUUCGCGGCAUUGCAACUCACUGGAUCAAGUUUCUUGCACCUCGGCAAAUUGGUGAAUGGGGCACGUACCAUAACAUGCUGCCAUCUAAAGCAAGCACGCCUCCUUGGUGGCCUAGAACCGUCAUCUACAAGGAGCCUUCGCAUCUGAAUAAGAGCGAACUUUUCACGUUAGCAGUUGAGAUAAUGAUGGUCCACCGCAAGGUAGACGUGAUCAAGCGCCGCAAAGGCCCCAAGCACAGCCAGGAAAUGAAGAAGAUCGCAUUAAACGAGAUCUUACCGAGCAUAUUUGAUAUCGCACAGUCAUACAAAGACCAUAUCGUCCAGUACAACCUCUUUGAAGGCUCUGGCAAUGCAGACCCCGGUCGAGGCAAGCAUCACACCUGGAAACCCAUUUCAAAGCCUGUCAGAGAACUGCGUGGAAAGAGACAACGUCGGACCGUUGCAGAUCAUCUGGAUCUUGAAGCCUCCGGGGACAGGAGCAAGCCAGUUGAUACGGUGACAAAGCUCCGUAGAGCUACACAUAGGCCUCAAGCAGUUCUGUUACCUCAGCCCAGAACUACCCAAAGCCAACCCAACAUCCAAACACCGGGACAGUCUAUCACAGCAGAAGACAGUAAUCGAAAGGCGUGGGAAAUGGGCACACCUGUAUGGACCUGCGAGCCAUGCACGCCUGAGAGGUCUAAAGAUGACUACUCCUUCGAUCAAUCAUUGCACUGGCCCCACCUUGCGGGAGAGGUUUCAGCGAUCAACUCACAUGCACGGACAAUAUUUGAUCAGGGUAUUAUGCAUCCGCCUUGCAACAUGGGCUCCCACGGUCAGCCGGUGCACCCUACUGCCUGGACUGGUUUUACUAAUCAGGCCUACCACCCCAUGCAGAACUACCUGUCACGGUAUCCUCUCCAGAUCCCCUGA